AUGGCGGACAAGGCGCAGCAAAGACUCCAGGCCGUGGGCAAGCAGCUCGACGGCCCCGCCCCCAUCACCAAGGUCGCCGGCCCAUCUGCCGCACCUCGCGUACCGGGCAAGGUCGUCAUUAUCACAGGCGCAAACUCCCUCCUGGGUAUCGGUCGCGCCGCGGCCCACCAAUAUGCCGAGAACGGUGCCCGAGCCAUCUACAUCUGCGACUUUGCCGACAGCAACCUCGAGUCUCACAAGCGCGAGCUGAACAGCCUUUUCCCCAAGGUCGAGAUUCACACGCGCCAAUUCGAUGCCGCAAACGAAAGCGCCGUCAAGGAGGUUGUUGGCCAUGCCAUGUCAACAUAUGGAAGGCUAGACAUCUUCUUCGCCAACGCCGGCAUCGCCGGACCCCAUAACAUCUUUACAGAAAUCACCGAGGAGGACUUUAUGGAGAACCUGCGCACCAAUACCCUGAGCGUCUUCCUCGCCGCCAAGCACGGUGCGCCCGCCAUGCAAAAGACAUCCACAGAGAAGCCGGCCCCUUGCGGUAGCAUCAUCCUCACCGCUUCCGUCGCCGGCAUCCGUUCCAAUGCUGGCUCGACACCUUACUCCGCUGCCAAAGCCGCCGUCAUCUCUGUCGCAAAGACCACUGCCUACCAACUCGCCGGCACGAACGUGCGCGUGAACGCCAUCUGCCCAGGACUCAUCGAGACUGGCAUGACGGCACCCGUGUACAGCGCGGCCCGCGCCCGCGGCACCACGGGCAGGAUCGGCCAGAUCAACCCCAUGAGGCGCGGCGGGCACGCCGACGAGAUUGCGCGUGUGGCACUCUUCCUGGGCAGCGACGAGAGCAGCUAUGUAAAUGGUCAGGAAUGGGCAGUCGAUGGCGGCCUCAGCGCGGGACACCCGUACAUUGUUGGGAAGCUCGCAUGA